AUGUCGCCAGUACUCGAGACGUUGAGUGAUCUGUCCAGUGGCUGGGACAGUGAUCUGUCCAGUGGCUGGGACAGUGAUCUGUCCAGUGGCUGGGACAGUGAUCCGUCCAGUGGCUGGGACAGUGAUCCGUCCAGUGGCUGGGACAGUGAUCCGUCCAGUGGCUGGGACAGUGAUCUGUCCAGUGGCUGGGACAGUGAUCUGUCCAGUGGCUGGGACAGUGAUCUGUCCAGUGGCUGGGACAGUGAUCCGUCCAGUGGCUGGGACAGUGAUCUGUCCAGUGGCUGGGACAGUGAUCUGUCCAGUGGCUGGGACAGUGAUCUGUCCAGUGGCUGGGACAGUGAUCUGUCCAGUGGCUGGGACAGUGAUCUGUCCAGUGGUUGGGACAGUGAUCCGUCCAGUGGCUGGGACAGUGAUCUGUCCAGUGGCUGGGACAGUGAUCUGUCCAGUGGCUGGGACAGUGAUCUGUCCAGUGGCUGGGACAGUGAUCUGUCCAGUGGCUGGGACAGUGAUCUGUCCAGUGGCUGGGACAGUGAUCCGUCCAGUGGCUGGGACAGUGAUCUGUCCAGUGGCUGGGACAGUGAUCUGUCCAGUGGCUGGGACAGUGAUCUGUCCAGUGGUUGGGACAGUGAUCCGUCCAGUGGCUGGGACAGUGAUCUGUCCAGUGGCUGGGACAGUAAUCUGUCCAGUGGCUGGGACAGUGAUCUGUCCAGUGACUGGGACAGUGAUCUGUCCAGUGGCUGGGACAGUGAUCUGUCCAGUGGCUGGGACAGUGAUCUGUCCAGUGGCUGGGACAGUGAUCUGUCCAGUGGCUGGGACAGUGAUCUGUCCAGUGGCUGGGACAGUGAUCUGUCCAGUGGCUGGGACAGUGAUCUGUCCAGUGGCUGGGACAGUGAUCCGUCCAGUGGCUGGGACAGUGAUCUGUCCAGUGGCUGGGACAGUGAUCUGUCCAGUGGCUGGGACAGUGAUCUGUCCAGUGGCUGGGACAGUGAUCUGUCCAGUGGCUGGGACAGUGAUCUGUCCAGUGGUUGGGACAGUGAUCCGUCCAGUGGCUGGGACAGUGAUCUGUCCAGUGGCUGGGACAGUGAUCUGUCCAGUGGCUGGGACAGUGAUCUGUCCAGUAACUGGGACAGUGAUCUGUCCAGUGGCUGGGACAGUGAUCUGUCCAGUGGCUGGGACAGUGAUCUGUCCAGUGGCUGGGACAGUGAUCUGUCCAGUGGCUGGGACAGUGAUCUGUCCAGUGGCUGGGACAGUGAUCUGUCCAGUAACUGGGACAGUGAUCUGUCCAGUUUUGCCAGGAUAGAGUUGUAG